AUGACAGCUGAAGUUAAGGACUUAGAGCCACGCAUAAAACAUAUUACUGUCUCUGAGGGUGAGCAGGCAUCCAUAAGCUUGUUCCCGUGUAAUCAACCGGACAGAGACGACGACGAUGAUGAUGAUAUCAUCACCAUGGCUGAUGUGAACUGGGAUGUGUCCAAACCUCGGCAGCAGUCACAAUCGGCCCCUCUAACCACUCAAGCUCAGCUACGUCAACAGGAUGAGCUGCUAUGGCCAAGCUCCUCGGAUGGCGCAUUUCGACCAUGCAAUCUCAUGCAGGGGAUGAAGGUGCCGAUGGAAUUAGCUCUGUGCCCGUUCAAGCUGGUUCAGUCAUAUCCAUAUCGCUUUGUUGGCAGGGCCCGGGGUGAGCAAGCAAGCUUAUGGUUCAAGGACAAUAUUUUCACAAAUCGUUCAUGGGACAUGUUUUACAUCCAUGAUCCCUACGAACGUCGCGAUCCGUUGAUAUUGGUCCCAACUGCUCAAUUCUCACAACUUUUACAAGAAAUUAAUACCGAGCUAGGUUUUUCACUCAGGAUUCCGGCUAAGAGCAGGAAUGGGGAUAUAUUUGAGAUCUACUUUGGGGAGUCUCCUCGUCCGCGCUUCAUGGGCAAAGUCAAAGACGAGAAUGUUUACCGAAAUGCCAAAGAGACACUGGGAGCUAUACUUGAUGACUUGAGUACACUCAACGCGGGCCGUCUACACCAAUUCAAGGAGAAAAUGGACAAGAUCUACGACUCUGUCAAGUCCUCCAAGAGCAAAAAGGAUCCAGAAAAGCAGCGUCUGAAGGUCAUCAACCGACAGAAGGGCUUUGGACAGGCAAUUAAGCGUGUCCAACGCUACAUUGGGCUGCGGCAACGACUGAGCCUUGUGCCAUAUUCUGAUGCUACUAAUGCUGGUUGGAAUGUUUCCUGCAAGGCGCCAUUCACCAUGGAUUCAUCCGUGAAGUUCGUCUGCGUUGAUGUGGAAGCCAAUGAACUGAAUACCUCCACCAUCACGGAGAUCGGUCUGGCAAUUCUAGAUACUGAGGAUAUCGAGGAUGUUCCACCAGGAGAGAGAGGCAAGAGUUGGUUCCCGUACAUCGAAGCCCACCACCUUCGCAUCGAGGAAUACAGGACCAUUGUCAACAGCAAAUACAUUCAAGGUUGCCCCGAUGAAUUUGGCUUCGGCUACAGCGAGUUUAUCGCCCAAAAGGAUGUUUGUCGCCGCCUUGGCGAGCUCAUCGGCGAUUCUAACAGCAAGUACAAGAGCAACAUCGUUAUGGUUGGCCACGAAGCAAUCGCCGAUCUCCGGUAUCUUCAGAAUUUAGGCUACAACAUGUGGAAUCUCGAGAAGCUACUUGACGAGAUCGAUACGAAGGAGAUGUUUCAGAGAAUCCAAUUCUCGCCUGAUGGUCGUUCACUGGAGUUCGUCUGUCGAGAGCUCGGGAUGCCUGGCUACAACUUCCACAACGCGGGCAAUGACGCCAUGUACACUCUCCGGGCCAUGAUCGGCAUGGCUGUUGGAAAGAAGGUCGGCGGUCCGAUGACCGAGUCGGAGAAGGCCGGCUGGGUCUUCGAUGCCAAGUUCGAUGACUGGAGUGAUGGGGAGCUUGACGAUGGUGGCGCUCCUGUCAAGUCGGCAGGGCCAUCUAUUCAAAUGGUCCAACCUGGACAACCAGAACCAGUUACUCGAGCCCCUACCGGAUCCCAGAGCUAG